AUGAUCGCUCGCGCUAGCAAUGCGCUGCCGGUCCAGGCGCGCGAUGGGCGCGGCGACAGGGCGGAGAUUCUCGCGGCAUUGAAGGAGUGCGCCAAGCGCAAGGAUCUAGCGCGGGGAAAGAGGAUCCACGCGGCGGCGGUGGAAUGCGGCCUGGAUUCCGACCUGUUCGUGGGAUCUAGCCUGGUGAGCAUGUACUCCAGGUGUGGCAGCGUCGCUAGAUCGCGCAUGGUCUUCGAUGCUAUGGAAUUUCUGGACAGGGUAUCCUGGAAUUCUCUGGUGCUGGGCUAUGCGGAGAAUGGCGGGGGGGAGGUUGCGUUGAAGCUCUUCCUGGCGAUGCAAGACGAGGGGCAUUGCUCGCCGGAUUCCUCCACGUUUGUGGCAGCGAUCAAGGCGUGCUCGUCUCUCUCAGAGAGGGAAUCAGGGAUGGAAGUGGAAGGAAUGGAUCGAAGAAUCAAGGUGGAGUCGCUGGAAAAAGGGAUGAGAAUUCACAGGCAAGCUUGGAGCAGUGGAUUCGAGAGAGAUAUCUUCGUUGCCAACGCUUUGAUCCACGCGUAUGCCAAGUGUGGGAGCUUGGUGGAUGCCACCAAAGUUUUCCACGCGAUGCCCCGGCGUGACGAAGUUUCUUGGAACGCAUUGAUGGUGGGAGCGGUGGACAAUGGCGAGCCGGAGCUAGCCCUGCAGCUCCUGGUUUCCAUGAACAGCGAGGGACGAGUAGCUCCCAAUCCGAGAACUUUUCUAGCUGCGAUCAAGGCUUGCGGCUGCUGCGCAGUGAAAGAGGAUGCCAAGGGGAUCGACUCCCGGCUUGUCAAGCUUGCUUCUUUGGAGAAAGGUAUGGCUCUCCAUUCUUUGGCUUGCGAGAACAAGUGUGACUCCAGCGUUUUCGUUGCCAGCGCCCUCGUUGACAUGUACGCGAAGUGUGGAAGCAUCGCCGACGCGCAAAGAGUUUUCGACUCCAUGCAAGAUCGCAACGUCAUCUCGUGGACGUCCAUGAUCUUUGGCUGCGUCGACAACAGCCAAGACGAGCUCGCUCUGGAGCUCUUCCGGCGCAUGGUGGAAGAGAAGCGGUGUCCUCUUGAUGCCUGGACUUUCGUGGCGGCUCUCAAGGCGUGCGGGAACUUGGCGGCGCUGGAAACCGGCCGAGAGAUCCACGAGCAAAUCCGGGACGCUGGACUGGAAAGAGAGGCCUCCAUCGCCGCGACGCUGGUCGAUUUCUAUGGAAGGUGUGGAAGCAUGGAUGAAGCUCUCGAGGCAUUCCAGCUAAGCUCGCAGGAGGAUAUGGUGGCCUGGACGGCCUUGGUCGCAGGAUAUAGCAGGCAGGGAGACACUCCACGAGUUCUGGAGCUCUUCCAGGCGCUGCUAGACAAAGGCCUUCGCCCAGACGUGAUGAUCUUCUCCUCGCUUCUCUCGGCUUGCAGCCACGCCGGCUUGGUCGAUCUUGGCAAGCGUUACUUCGAAGAGAUGAGCUCAAAGUUUGGGCUGGCUCCCGGGAUCCAUCACUACCACUGCGUGGUGGAUCUUCUCAGCAGAAGUAACAGGCUCGAGGAAGCGGUGGCUAUGGUGGCUAGGAUGCCCUUUGAGCCGACACUGGUAACUUGGACGACCGUGCUCGCAGGGUGUCACAAAUGGAAGAACUCGAUGGUGGGGAGAAUGGCGUUUCAGCGUUUGAUUGCUCUGGACAGGAGAUUAGACUCGGCCUACGCUCUUAUGGCGAACAUCUAUGGAAGUCUCGGGCUGUGGAGGGAGAGGCAAGAGAUCCAAGCGAUGAGAAGUAUGAACGUUUUGUAG